AUGGCUAACAUAAUGGAUAUUAACACCCAAGACAAACUGGAAUACCACUUCUUUCCGGUGUCGAGCGGUUCCGUACAAUUCAAAGUAAGGGCUGCAAAUGACGCGCACAUUGCGCUCACUAUGGGACCUCAAGAAGCUGACCCUAUUGUCGAAAUCUUCAUUGGAGGUUGGGGCAACACAAAGAGUGUUAUCAGGCGAAACAGAACUAAGCCAGAGAAAGUAGAAAUCGAAACACCUCAAAUUCUGAACGGUGGUGAAUUCCGCGGCUUCUGGAUCCGUUGGGACGGUGGUAUCAUUUCAGCCGGCCGAGAGGGAGAAGUAAUUCCCUUCAUCUCAUGGUCUGACCCACAGCCCUUCCCAAUCGCAUUUGUAGGAGUGUGCACCGGCUGGGGUGCUACCGGCACCUGGAAAAUUGAAGAUGGUGUUGAAUUCGAUACUCCGGACAAGUUAGACUAUAAAUUUGGACCAGUUGCCGAAGGCUCCGUGAAAUUUGAUUUCCGCGGUCCACACAACUGUCACGUUUGUUUGACAAGCGCCCCCGCUGAGGUGGACCCAAUCAAUGAGAUAAUAAUUGGUGGUUGGGAGAAUACCCAGUCUGUUAUUAGAUACUGCAAACAGAAACCAGAAAAGGCAAUCGUACCAACUCCAGGAAUUGUGAAUCCUAACGAGUUUAGGAGUUUUCUGAUCCAAUGGAGGUGCGGCAGGCUGUUGGUGCGCGAUGGAAAAUCUGGCACUGUGAUCAUGGAGUGGGUGGACCCUGCACCCUUCAAUGUGACCCACUUCGGUAUCCGCACAGCGUGGGGUGCUCAAGGGCAGUGGCGCAUCCACCAUUUCAGUACCGGCGGCCAAAUACCCCCUCCAUCUGCACCUAUGGCAGCACCUCUGUACGCUGCACCCCCUGGAUACCCAGGAGGAGCUUCCUUCGGUCAGGCGGUCGGUAACUGGGUAGAUGCUGCUGGUGGCGCGGUGCCUCCUGGUGCUGUCGUCGGAGGACAAGAUUGCAAUGGCGAGCCUAUCUAUGUCGCCAGGGCCCGACAUGAGGGUGCUGUAAUCCCUGGAAAACUAGUAGCUUCCCACGGAGUCACCUUCGUAGCUUGGGGAGGUUCCGAACACGGCAAGCCUGAGUACCAAGUGCUUGUCGGCGGUCCCAACAACUGGAUACGCACGAACGGUGCGAACGUACCUCCUGGAGCUUUCCCCGGUGGUGAGUCCGAAGACGGCGAGCCGCUAUAUAUUGGUCGCGUGAACCACGAAGGUAGCCUUACCACCGGUAAAGUGCAACAAUCCCACGGCGUCUGCUACAUCUCCUUCGCUGGACAGGAGCUCGGCUUCCCCGACUACGAAGUGCUGAUGCCCUAA